AUGUUCCUUUCAAUUCAACAUCAAAUAUUUAUUCCAGAUGAAGUGGUGACUAUAAAGGAAUCACAAGAACGACUUGAAAGAACUGCUGUAUUAGUAGCUAUUAAUAAAUCUUUUAUCAGUUGCAUAUUCUUAUCUGAUACAAUAAAACCUGAAGUUAAGGUAGCAGUUAGGCCUUACGUCAUAUGGAAUUACUGUCGCGAUAGUGACAGGAGAUUAAUUACUCACAGUCCAAGUGAUCACAGCAUAAUGCGAUAUUAUAGAGAUUCAUACAGGGUAUCACCAAAGGGUAAAACACAAAUAGUUCAAUCACUUCAAUUAGAAG